UCAACUAAGUUUCUUCAUUUUUCAAUUCAUAAUAUCAACUUCAUUCUAAACAAUUAGAAAGAACAAAUUAUACAUGUCUCCACAAAUAUAAAGAAGAUUAGUUGUUUAAGGAAGAUAUAUUAUUUAGAAUAUUAAAUAUACCGGAAAAGUAAUUAUAUGUGUGUGGGCGGGUACCCAUGGGGCGGGUUUACCUAAACCCAAACCCAACCCGACCCGGUGAAUAGUGUAGCGGGUUUAAACCCGAACCCGGCCCAAAACCCGUCACCACUGGUUUUACCCGCGUUGACCGGAUUGGGUCGGGUGGGUACCCGUGGGUUCGGGUUUUGUUGCCAUCCCUACCCGCGGAUUACCCGCGAAUACCCGUUUGGGUAAUAUGGGUACCCGUUGUACCCAUCCAAAUUACAUAGACAUAUAAUUCAGCUCAUGCGCCCAGGCCCAACCCAAUUCAAAAUCCAUUAAAAUUACAAAAUCCAUUUAAUUCAGCCCGUGAGAGUUGAGACGCUGACGCACCCUUGCUUGCUGCUGCAAAAUUCACCACCUUCCCCACCCUAUUUUGCCAAACUGAGGAUUGAUUUGAGUAGAAACAACAUUAUUAUUAUUAUUACUGAAUCAUAGCACUUUCCAGGAAGCAGAACUUGUUAUUAUUAUUAUUACUGAAUCAUGGCACUUUCUAGGAAGCAGAACUUGUUCUCUUUCUGGGUUUUAUUAUUUGGUCCUUUCCCCUUCCUUGAUUCCUUUUCAUCUUCAUCGUCAUCCCUUCUUUGGGUUGUAGGAAUUGGUAUAAGUUGCUACUUGUGCAGCCAUUUUGUGUUUUGAAAUGAAUGCUUUGGAUGUAAUUGACUAAUUGUCUUUAGGUAAAAUGUCAUUUAAACUUUGGAUAUUUAUGGGUAGUAUGGGUACCCGUUAUCCGUCCCGUACGGGUAAUGGGCACCCGUUUCCCAUAUGGGUUUGCGAUAUGGGAUGGACUUUGGUCUCCAAAUGGGACUGGGUACCCGUUUAAAACGGGACGGGUAUCCCGUCCCGUCCCGUUGCCCACCCCUACCUGCCCCCGCCCCAGACAAUUGUAAUUGGCUCAAAAUGAGUCAAUUCAGAAUUCCCCAUCCCAAAUUGCUUCAUCCAAAUUUUCUGCUGCCAAACGGAUCAAUCUAGCACAAUUGACUCAAAACGAGACAAUUGUGUCAGAUUGAUCCAUUAGAAUUCCUCAUCCAAACGAGUAACGACCCCUUAAAUCCAUGAUCAACAUAAACUAAACAAACAAUGUUAUCUUUCAAAUACAAAAUAAAACAAAUACAUCAUAAAUCCAAAGGUUUUGAAAACUGAAAACCUUCAUUUUCAAAUACAACAAGCAAACGAGCCAUGCGACGUUUGAUCAAGAUCAGACGAUCGAAUCAUAUAAGUUCACUGGGCUGAGGGCUGUAAAAUUCUGGCCCAUCCCAGGGCACACGAAAUAAUCAGGAGACGGAACGGCCUUGUGUCGGCCUGACCCACAAUUGGGCCGUUGUGCUUUGUUAAUGAAUUCGUGCGUAGUAAAACUAACUCCAACCCUAGAGCUAAAAAGUCAUUUACUCAUUAGUAUUUUUCAAUUGUUCCAUCAAUCCCUUGUCUCACGAGUCACGACCAAUGACUUCUCACUCACGCCUUGCUCCCUGAACUUUCUUGGCCAAAGGCCUCUUGUUCGUGCCCUGGGCCUUCUCAACUCGCACUCUGAGGCUUGUCGAUUUUUGUCCUGAGGUUUGUCGACUCGUGGCCUGCUUUCUCGGUCAAGGACCUCUUGUUCGUGCCCUAAGCCUUGUCAACUCGUGCCUAGAGGCUUGUCGACUCGCGCCCUGAAACUUCUCAUACUUAGUCAUUUUUUUGUCUUUUGACAUGUCGUUCGUAGCCUCGCAUGGCCUCUUAGUAGAGGGUCACAUCCCUCUUAACUCAUGUCCUUGCUAGUAAAUGGCUUAAUGGCUCUGGCUUCAAAGUUAAGAUCUAUGAGGCCAAACUUAAUAACAUUAAUUGUUAGAGUCACUACAAGAAAAAACAGAUAUAAUGAUAAAGGAAAUACGUUUCUAUAAACUACUUAUUUGUCUCUGUAUUAUUUUAUAUGCAGAUUACACAUUUGUCUCUUGUAUCGCUAUCACCAAUACUCUAUCGAGUUAGAUUUGGAGACAAAUAUUGUCUGUUGCUGGUUAGAGUAUCGCAACUGAUAUUCUGGUCUCUAAUGUAUCCUUUUCAUGACUAUUAUUUUGCCUCCAUAACCAUAUUAAAUACAAAAAUAUUAGUCUCUAAAAGUAAGCAGAUAUAUUUGUUUUUUAAAUUUCAAAUAAAUUGUUUUGAAGUUUAUUCUGAGAUAAGUUAUUUUAAUUCUGAAUUUCUUACGAAUUGAUGAAAUGAAAAUAUAAUUAAUGACUAAAUUUUAGGUUAAUUAAUCAAUAAUAAUAUAGGAGUCCUCUGUCGGAGCCCAACCACCGCCUUUUCCAAUAUGAUCAAAGACGUCUGUGAACGCGUCGUCCUCCGUAGUUUCUUUUUUUCCAUGGCGCAGUGUUGACACCUAAAAUUAUUUUUCGUCUGAAUUCAAUGUCGCAUUGAGUCUCGACAUUUAAUUCGAAGUUGUGCAAGCUUAAUGUUAAUAUGGGUUGGCUUUGGUGUGUUAAUAAAUUAUAUAAGAUUCAUAUUUAAGCCUAUUCCAAUAACACGAGUUUAGUAAACCGCAUAUUACCAAAAAUGUGUGUAACAUUGAAUUCUUAAGUCAAAUAAGUGUCCUGACCGAUCCUUAAAAGAACUACAACUCAUUGGAUGCCAAUGAUUAUAUAUUUUAACCGAUAUAUAGAUAAGAUUAAGUGAAUAAGAUAAAUUAGUUGAACUUGAUCGAUGUAUGUACGUUCAAGUUCUGACAACGAUCAUGACCGAUGGUUCUAAACAUUAGUUUAGUAAUACUAAAUCACUAUUAAACUAAAGUUUUCAUAAUCCGGUAAAAGAGUAUUGUUCUUGAAAUUAACGGUAUAUGAAAGUGUUAAUUCAGCCCUAAAAAUAUUACUGAACGUUUUAUUCAACUAUACAAUUUCUUCUCAACCAACAAAGCAAACGCCAUCCGCACCAUCUCCAUUCCAACCGUACGUUACACAUGCUGACAUGCAGAAUAAAUAAAAAGUCGGGCUUUUUUUUUUUUGUAUAUACAAAAUUCUCUGACCAAAUUUUCUUUUCAUGACUAAUCCUUUGACCAAAUUUUAAUUAAUUCUGUUUCCAUAUAUCAAAACCUCAAGUCUUUCUUCUUCCUCUUUAUAUACCCUGGAUUACAUUCCUCUCAUGAAUUCUCCAUUAAAAUUCCCCCCUGCACUGAAGUCCAAAUACAGCCGCCAUUGCUGCAUAUACCCGUGAUCAUCUUCCCCCCCAUCUUCGAGAAUCCAAAUGGAAAAGGCCGGACACGUGGCGGUGGUGCCGGAAUGGCUGGAGCCGCUGCUGACGACGUCGUUCUUCUCCGGCUGCUUCCGUCACAAGGACGGGCCCCGCACCGAGUGCAACAUGUUCUGCCUCGAUUGCCCCAACGGCGGCGCCUUCUGCUUCUACUGCCGCUCCUCCCGCCACCACGACCACGCCGUCAUCCAAAUCCGGCGGUCGUCGUAUCACGACGUGGUGAGGGUGGCGGAGGUGGAAAGCCUGCUGGACACCGGUGGGGUCCAGACGUACGUCAUCAACAGUGCGAAGGUUGUGUUCCUGAACGAGCGGCCGCUGCCGAAGAACGGCGGCGCGGGGAGUGGGGCUGGCGGCGGCGGCGGGAGCAGUAGUAGUGGGAAAGGCGUUACGCAUUUGUGUGAGAUUUGUGGGAGGAGCCUGCUGGAUCCGUGUCGUUUCUGCUCGUUGGGGUGUAAGCUGGCAAGAAUCAAGAGGAGUGGCGAUGCAAGCUUUAAGGUGACGAUCCCGGCGGAGGGAAAUGGAGGAGGAGGAGGAGGGGAUGAAAUAAUGGAGGAAAGAAUUAGGUCGGGACGAGGAAUUAGCUGCAGGGAGGAAUGGCGUGAGGAAAAGCAACAAGAAGAUGGUGUAGUGCAGCAAAACGAGGAUUCUCCACCUCCUUCGCCGGCGGCCACCUCUAGCCCGCCGCCGCCUCCUCCGCCGAAGCGAUCGACGUCCAACCCGAGGAGGAGACCAAGAAAGGGGAUCCCACAGAGGGCGCCCUUCUUCGCCUAAACUAGCGAAGAACUUGAUGCUUCAUUGCCCUCCUGAUGAGAAACUUAAUUAAAAUUGGCCUUGUUUGUUUGUGUUUUUCCUUGUUCAACUAGAUUAGCUAGUUAUAUCUAUUUGCUUAUAUUAUACUAAAGUUUAGAUACAAUUCAGGGGGGAAUAUUAAGAUGUGGGGAUUAUAACAUUGUUAUGUGCUUUACUUAUUAAAAAAAAAAAAAACUUCGGUUACAAAACAAGAACAUGAUGAGGAUGCCUCCAAUUGAUUACCCCAUAUCUCGAGUUCUUUUCGUUGGCUAUACGGUCCGGUCUGGUUAAAUUGGUCGGAAUUGAUUCGGUCUCAGCCCAGUCUUUUCGGGAAUAUAAGGACCAAAUAUUGGAUUGAUCCGGUCCGGUCCCAAUUCGGUCUUGAUUUUGGAUUGAACUUGUGGAAAUUUGAGUGGCCUGAGACCUCAAAAGGUGAGGAGUUGGUUAAGUUUUGGGUGUUGCGUUGUCUUAUCCGAUCUUUAUCCGGUUUUCGAUCCAGUACCAAACGAUUUUUUACCUCAAAUAUAAGACCGAAGAUGUGAUUUGAUUGUUUGCUAUCUGAUCCCGGUCCGAUUUCGAGUAAACCCAAAAAGUCCGGACCAAAUAGCCGGCCUUAGUUUUAAGUACAAAAGAGGUUGAAGAGUGAGCGAACUUUGGGCCGAGUGCAUGCAAGCUAGUUCUAACUGGUACACAAAGAAGACCAUGCGUAACAAGCCCAUUGGGAACAGUUAGACAAAAGCUAAUAAGAGUGAAAGCCCAACAAUAAGGCCGAAAGCCCAUCAUAACAAACUGGGGAACCCAUCGCAUGUUGCUAAUGCUACCUCGACAGGAAAACAGGGUGUCAAUUUAACGAUCUUAAAAUCAUACCGAAAGUUAUAUCGAAAAAAUCCCGCAGUAACACAAUCUAAGUAAGAAGUAUAUUAUUUUUGUUAGGGCAAUUCUGGAUUUGCUGCGGUAUUAGAGGUCCAACAAUAAAUAUUCUAAACAAUAUAAAUGUUAUGACUUAUGAUAUUUUUACACUGAAAUCAUGACUUAACCAUGAUUCAACUGUCUCAUAACUUAAAAUGAUUUUUUUUCGAUCAGAUGUUCCCAAAUAGGGGUGGAGGGCCAGUCGGUUCGGCAAUAACCGAUAAUCGAAUGGUCGGUUAUCGAUCAACCGAACCACCUCUCAACUCUACCGACCACCGACCGAAAGAGGGCUUAAGCCUUCGGUUAUCUCGAUUUUUAGUCAACCGAACAGCCCCCAAGACCAAAACUAUAUCACCCAGCCUUCGAACACCGACUGAAUUUCGGUUAUCUCGAUUAUCGGUUAGUGGAUAACCGCCUGGUUUCGGGUGUAACCAGGUCGGUUAACCAGUAGCCGAUUGUCCACGGGUAGUUUGUGCAGGAGAAGUAUGGGCGGCAGAAGCAGACGAUCGAAGGAAACGCCGGGGGGAAUGUGGUGUCAUGUCGUGUGUAAGUGUAACCUUUCGUUCAUUCAAGUGGGUGGUUUUUUCCGGACGUUGUAGGGAUUGAAUACACAAUAAUGAAUGAAUGAAUGAGCGGAAGGUAGGGGGGUUGUUGUUGGUCUGUAAAAAGGGAAUCCAAUGCAAAAAUGGGUUUUAAUACAGACAAGUGAGAAGGAAGAUGGAUGGACGGAUAAUGACACGACAUGUGAAGUGAAGGGCAGAGGAAGACGACAGAUUAGUGUAGCCUGCGAGACGACGAGAGGGUAGUAGAUAAGGACGUACUCUUCCUCUCUCUCAGAGUCAGUCUUCUCUCUGUUUCAUGGGAUUCUCUUCUUCCAUCAAAGGCAAAUUGGAGCAGGCGGCAGCUGCUGUGUUUCUGCAAAUAUUGGAUUCUGUUUCAUCUAAUCAAUUGUUUUAUUCAUU